GGUUGGAGCGGAUAGUACCUACCUUAACAGGGCCCGAGUCGAAGCCCCACAUCGACUCAUUUUCCCACCCACCGCCAAAUCUCUCUGUGUCAUCGGAAGUUCGGUCUUUGUCCAGUCAUAGAAACCAUUCCCGCAGACAAUGGCACCUUCGAUUACUGCAGUCCCGUCGUUCGAGACGGCGCGAGAAGUGAUCUCGCAGUCGAGAAACUCCAAAUUCGCCCCGAACUUGCUGCCGGUUACUGCCUCGAUCCCCGCCGAUCUCUUGACCCCUACAUUGGCCUACCUUAAGCUUGCCGAGAAUUCUCAGUUGUCAUUCUUGUACGAGAGCGCCGCGACUACAGAGACUAUCGGACGAUACAGUUUUGUUGGCGCAGACCCCCGAAAAGUUAUCAAGACCGGUCCAGGCCAUGGCCCCGAGGCUGAUCCUCUGCCCUACCUGGAGAAGGAGCUGUCCCAGUUCCGCGUUGCCACUGUUCCAGGCUUGGUUCUUCCCCCUCUGACCGCCGGAGCGAUUGGAUAUGUGGGCUACGACUGUGUCAGAUACUUCGAGCCGAAGACUGCCCGGCCCAUGAAGGAUGUGCUGGGUGUUCCGGAAUCGUUCUUCAUGCUGUACGACACUAUUGUUGCAUUUGAUCAUUUCUUCCAGGUUGUCAAGGUCAUCACCUAUGUCCCGAUCCCCGAAUCCGAUGCGGAUAUCGAGGCCGAAUACCGCAAGGGCGAGCAGAUCAUCCAGAAAACCAUUGAGACUUUGUUGCAGGACCGCACACCAAUGCCCCCGCAGGGCCCUAUCAUCCAGAACCAGGAGUACACCUCCAAUAUCGGCCAGGAAGGAUACGAGAACCACGUCAAGGUUUUGAAGGAGCACAUUGGCAAGGGCGAUAUCUUCCAGACUGUCCCCUCACAACGGCUGUCUCGGCCAACAUCUCUCCACCCUUACAACCUUUUCCGCCACCUCCGCACUGUCAACCCCUCUCCUUACCUGUUCUACAUCGACUGCCAAGACUUCCAGCUUGUGGGAGCCAGCCCCGAGCUUCUUGUGAAGGAAGAGCGCGGCCGAAUCAUCACCCACCCUAUCGCGGGUACCGUGAAGCGCGGCAAGACUCUAGAGGAGGACACCGCACUGGCCGAUGAGCUGCGCAGCAGUUUGAAGGACCGAGCCGAGCACGUCAUGCUUGUGGAUCUGGCCCGUAACGACGUAAACCGUGUAUGCGACCCAAUGACCACUCAAGUAGACCGCAUGAUGGUCGUCGAGAAGUUCUCGCACGUCCAGCAUCUCGUCUCACAAGUAUCCGGCGUUCUGCGUCCCGGUAAAACCCGUUUCGACGCUUUCCGCUCCAUCUUCCCCGCUGGUACUGUCUCCGGCGCACCCAAGGUGCGUGCCAUGCAGCUGAUCGCCGAGCUCGAGAAGGAGAAGCGUGGCGUCUACGCCGGUGCCGUUGGAUACUUUGGAUACAACAUCGCCAACAGCGACGGAUCCAGCGAGGACCCCGGUGCCAUGGACACCUGUAUUGCGCUUCGCACUAUGAUGGUCAAGGAUGGUGUUGCGUACCUGCAGGCUGGUGGUGGUAUUGUCUUCGACUCUGACCCGUACGACGAGUACAUUGAGACAAUUAACAAGCUCGGUGCCAACAUUGCGUGUAUUCGUGGUGCCGAGGAAAAGUAUCUCAGCAUGGAGAAGAAAUAGAGCAUGUCAGAAGGUUCUGCAAUUCCAGCGAUUUCGGGGACAAAGACAAAUUUCAAUGAUUUACGCAUGUUCUACUUUCUUUUUCGGAUUUUCUUUGAGUUUAGACCAAAUGUAUAUCUCGGAUUCAUCUUUACAAAAUCAAAACCAAUUUCCAAG